AAAACCAGAAGAACAAGAGAGCUUAGCUCGCUAAUGAAAUGAAGUCCUGAAUUGAAGUUAGUUCUCUUUAAAGUCAGAGAGAGAGAGAGAGAGAGAGAGAGAGAGCGAUUGUGAGGCAUCAAAGGAUAGGAUGCAGAAGAUGAGGGCCAUGUUAGCUUUCAUUCAGUUUUGCGUCUUCUUCUUCAUAAUAGGCUCAAGAUUGCCUCUGGGUUUCUCCAAACUCGUCUCUGCAGAUUACUUAUUCAGGGAACUCUCUUUCUCUGUGAUCAUAACUCCCCGCUUCGUGUUCGUGUUAGGAAACGCCAUCGUCAUCAUCUUAGUCCUCAAGUCCGGGAAUUCAUUGGAUAAGGAUAAGGAUAAUAAUGGAUCCGCCAGCAGCGAUAACGUCGAACAUGGGAGGAGGAAUCAGUAUGUUUCCGGUCCGGAGAAUAAAAUCCGUAGGAGCCAGUCGGAGAAGAAUAUGGCGAGGGUGCAUCGCCUGAAAGAGGCGGCUGCAGGCAAGGAGCUGAGGCGGCAGGCCACGUUUACUUGCCGGAAAAUAGACGUAGUGGCGGCGACCAACGAGAUGAGCAACGAAGAGUUUCGUCGGAGGGUGGAGGCUUUCAUUGCUCGCCAACAAAGAUCUUUGAGGGAAGAAGAGUUUUCAUCACUACUUGCUGUUUCAUGUGAAUCAUAGUACAAUAUCAA